CUGUCAACUGUCCAUCCGGGGAAGGGGGAAGGGACAGUCGCCCUCCGUCCAUUCCUUUAGUGCUGCUCCGACUGAGGUCAGGCUCUCGGCUUUCUUGCUUCUAGAGGGACUAGGUGCCUCCACCAGAGCUUCUGUCGCUCUGUAACCUGCACUGUGACCUACACUAGUCGCGGGAGCCACGCAGAGGACGCCGGAACACCCUGGAAGCCGAGAAAUGAUGUUUCAGGACCCAGUGGCUUUUAAGGAUGUGGCUGUGAACUUCACCCAGGAGGAGUGGGCUUUGCUGGAUAUUUCCCAGAGGAAACUCUACAGGGAAGUGAUGCUGGAAACUUUCAGGAACCUGACCUCGAUAGGAAAAAGUUGGAAAGACCAGAACAUUGAAUAUGAGUACCAAAACCCCAGGAGAAACUUCAGGAGUCUCAUAGAAGAAAAAGUCAAUGAAAUUAAAGAUGACAGUCAUUGUGGAGAAACUUUUACCCAGGUUCCAGAUGACAGACUGAACUUCCAGGAGAAGAAAGCUUCUCCUGAAGUAAAAUCAUGUGAAAGCUUUGUGUGUGCAGAAGUUGGCCUAGGUAACUCAUCUUUUAAUAUGAACAUCAGAGGUGACAUUGGACACAAGGCAUAUGAGUAUCAGGAAUAUGGACCAAAGCCAUGUAAGUGUCAACAACCUAAAAAAGCCUUCAGAUACCGCCCCUCCUUUAGAACACCACAAAGGGAUCACACUGGAGAGAAACCCAAUGCUUGUAAAGUAUGUGGAAAAACCUUUAUUUCCCAUUCAAGUGUUCGAAGACACAUGGUAAUGCACAGUGGAGAUGGACCUUAUAAAUGUAAGUUUUGUGGGAAAGCCUUCCAUUGUCUCAGAUUAUAUCUUAUCCAUGAAAGAAUUCACACUGGAGAGAAACCAUGUGAAUGUAAACAAUGUGGUAAAUCCUUUAGUUAUUCUGCUACCCAUCGAAUACAUAAAAGAACUCACACUGGAGAAAAGCCUUAUGAAUAUCAGGAAUGUGGGAAAGCAUUUCAUAGUCCCAGAUCCUAUCGUAGACAUGAAAGGAGUCAUAUGGGAGAGAAGGCUUAUCAAUGUAAGGACUGUGGAAAAGCAUUCACGUGUCCCCGUUAUGUUCGUAUACAUGAAAGGACCCACUCUAGGAAAAAUCUCUAUGAAUGUAAGCAGUGUGGGAAAGCAUUAUCCUCUCUUACAAGUUUUCAAACACACAUAAGAAUGCACUCUGGAGAAAGACCUUAUGAAUGUAAGAUAUGUGGAAAAGACUUUUGUUCUGUGAAUUCAUUUCAAAGACAUGAAAAAAUUCACAGUGGAGAGAAACCCUAUAAAUGUAAGCAGUGUGGUAAAGCCUUCCCUCAUUCCAGUUCCCUUCGAUAUCAUGAAAGGACUCACACUGGAGAGAAACCCUAUGAGUGUAAGCAAUGUGGGAAAGCCUUCAGAUCUGCCUCACACCUUCGAGUGCAUAGUAGGACUCACACUGGAGAGAAACCGUAUGAAUGUAAGGAAUGUGGGAAAGCCUUCAGAUAUGUGAAUAACCUUCAAAGUCAUGAAAGGACACAAACACACAUAAGAAUACACUCUGGAGAAAGACGUUAUAAAUGUAAGAUAUGUGGGAAAGGCUUUUAUUGUCCCAAAUCAUUUCAAAGACAUGAAAAAACUCACACUGGAGAGAAACUCUAUGAAUGCAAGCAACGUUCAGUAGUUCCUUCAGUAGUUCCAGUUCCUUUUGAUAUCAUGAAAGGACUCACACUGGAGAGAAGCCCUAUAAAUGCAAGCAAUGUGGGAAAGCCUUCAGAGCUGCCUCAAUCCUUUGAAUGCAUGGUAGGACUCACCCUGAAGAGAAACCCUAUGAGUGUGAGCAAUGACGGAAAGCCUUCAGAUCUGCCCCACACCUUUGAAUAUGUGGUAGGACACACAAUGGAGAGCAACCCUAUGAAUGUAAGGAAUGUGGGAAACCCUUCAGAUCUGCCCAGAACCUUCGAAUUCAUGAAAGGACACAAACACACAUAAUGCACUCUGUAGAGAGACCUUAUAAAUGUAAGAUAUGUGGGAGAGGCUUUUAUUUUGCCAAGUCAUUUCAAAUACAUGACAAAUUUUACACUGGAGAGAAACCCUAUGAGUGUAAGCAAUGUGGGAAAGCCUUUGUUUCUUUCACUUCCUUUCGAUAUCACGAAAGGACUCACACUGGAGAGAACCCCUAUGAGUGUAAGCAAUUUGGGAAAGCCUUCAGAUCUGUCAAAAAUCUUCGAUUUCAUAAAAGGACACACAUUGGAGAGAAACCCUGUGAAUGUAAGAAAUGUGGAAAAGCAUUCCAUAAUUUCUCUUCUUUGCAAAUACAUGAAAGGAUGCACAGAGGAGAGAAGCUCUGUGAAUGUAAGCAUUGUGGGAAAGCAUUCAUACCUGCCAAGAUCCUUUGAAUACAUGCAAGAACACACAAUGGAGAGAAACCCUAUGAAUGUAAAGAAUGCAGAAAAGCUUUCAGCUUGCCUUCUUCCUUUCAUAGACAUGAAAAGACUCACACUGGAAGGAAACACUAUGAAUGCAAGCAAUGUGGCAAAGCUUUCACUUCUUCCAGUUCUUUUCAAUUAUCAUGAAAGAACUCACACUAGGGAGAAACCCUAUCAAUGUGAGCAAUGUGCGAAAGCCUUUAUUUCUUCCACUUCUUUUCAAUAUCAUGAAAGGACUCACAUGGGAGAGAAACCCUAUGAGUGUAUGCCAAGUGGGAAAGCCUUCAUUUCUUCUAGUUCCCUUCGAUAUCAUGAAAGGACUCACACUGGAGAGAAGCCCUAUGAAUAUAAGCAAUGUGGGAAAGCCUUCAGAUCAGCCUCGCACCUUCAAAUGCAUGGAAGGACUCACACUGGAGAAAAACCCUAUGAAUGUAAGCAGUGUGGGAAAGCAUUCAGACCUGACAAGAUUCUUUGAAUACAGAUAAUGAAUGUAAACAAUUAACUGUUUAUAAUAACUGUAUACUAACAAAUGAUAUUCUUUUUAAAUAAGAAGCUAUAAUAAAAUAUCCCAUUGGUGUCAUGUAUUAGAUCAACCUUA